AUGGCCUGCUGUGUCUCUUCGGCCAUUGGGUCCAAGAGGGCGCUUGCAGCCGGCAUGGGGCGCUACCGGCGUGUCUGCAAUCGCCACAAGAGGCCCGAUGAGGGAGGAACGGUCUUUGCGGCCGUCGAUCCGACGGGGGAGCUUCCCGCAGGAUCCUGUUACCUGGUCAUCGACGGGAAGGUCUACGGCAACGACAAGCGCGUUGAUGCGACCACUGUGACCGUGGUCACCCCACCUCGGGGAAUGAUGCUCCCGAACAACACGCUGCUGUACUCGCGGCACGGGGACAUGAACUCCAAGCUCGCAGGCGGCGAUGUGGACGGUGACCUCUGCCAGGUGUCCUUAUUUUGGCAUGACCUGGUGGAGUUGAUCCGGCACACCGAGGCCGAUGUGGAUGUGGAGGCGCAAGAUCUGCAGCGGGUUGAGGAGGAAGCGCUAUCUCGGGUCCGUACAAGGAGAACGGACUGGAGUGGGAGGACUCCAGAGGGCCGCCGUCUGUUGACUGCAAGCCGGUAUAGUAUGAGAAAGAGUUGUAACAAUUGGCAGUGUGGCGAGAACGUUCGUGUUGCUAUCAUGUAG